AUGCUAGGGAUCUGUAUUGCAAUCGCUCAUGCUAUUUUAGUUCUUUCAGCUUGCCCAAAUGAUAGUUUAACUGUUGGUGGAAGAUUUAGCUGUAAUAAGCCAAAAUAUAUGACUGACUCCCUUUUAUGCACCGAGGAGUGCCCAACUCGCUUUCCAGAUGAAAAUACUUGUCCUAACUGCUAUAAAUAUUGCGCUGGGCCUGAUCCUUUAAAUACAAUUUUAUUCACUUUAGAAUUUUCUGGUUUUCAAGAUUUUACGUUUGACAGAAUACAGGAUCCCAGCGGCACACCAUUUUUAAACCCAGGAGGAAUCCCAUUUAAUGAUCAAUCACAAAAUUCCCCAUUACCUACCUUAGAUCGUGGCUUUUAUUUUGCCCCUACGUCUGGGAUGUCCAGCAACACAAACUUUAUCCCAGGUCUUUAUUUUAUAUUAAAUUUAUGAAUAAAAGCUCUUGAUAGUGGAGAAAUUUUAAACGUCCUAAUUGACCCAAUUUCUUAUAUAAGAAUAUCUUCAGUCCUUGGGAAAUAUCAAUUUGAUGCUUUGAUUAAUAGCUCAGACGGAUCACAAUAUCCUGUUUCAGAGAUAAGUGCCAAUUCAUAUUCUUCAUCCUGGCAUUAUGUGUCAAUUUAUUUUAGCCAGGAGAAUUGCAAUACAGCCUCAUUCAGCAUUGAUGUUGAUGGAGGUACAGAUUAUAGCACAUCAUGGGCUGAUUCUGAGAUGAGUUUUCCUAGUGGGAUUUAUAAUUGAAAUCUUGGAUAUUCAAGUCCAAAUGAUUCGUUUAAAGGAUUCAUUUAUUGGCUUCAAGCAAGAGUCGAUAAUGAAGUAAAUAGUCCAAUGUCAGCUCCAACAGUUGAUUGUGCUGAUAAGCAGUACUGGGAUGGAACUAAUUGCAAUGAAUGUGAUGAUUCAUGCCCAAACUGGCCUUGAUGCAUUAGAGGGAGCGACUGUUCAACUUGCUUUUCGCCAGAAUGUAGCUCUUGUACUGGGUAUUCUUUUGCAUCUUGCUCUGCAUGCACUACAGGAAUCCCUCCAUUAUGCUGUGACCAUCUAGCAAUAGAAUGCACCCAAACUUGGACAAGCACAUUAUGCAUUUUUGGAUUACCUAAUGCAGGAGUUUGCUUAUAUGGGACUCCGUAUGGAGCAUGGGAAUGUGGAAGGCACUAUUGUUUUCCAGUUUUAACAGCUGAUUUUAAUACCCCAUUUGCUGGGGUAUAUGCUUCAGAAUUGAUUACUGGUAGUAGCUCUAUGAGCUAUAAUUAUUGGAAUAACGCAGAAACGACUGAUCCAUUACCAGCUAAAAACAGAGGCCUUUACUUUGAUUCGAAUAAGUUUUUGAGUGGGUCUAUAAAUUUAUCCAAUACUUGGAGCAUAGGAAUUUGGGCUUAUGUUAUUUCUGGGGUUAUAAUUAGUGAUAGCACAAAUACACUUAUUUUUAGUGCUGUAGGAACUAUUUAUUUUGGCUUAGAAACUUGAGACAGUACAACAGCAAGCUACACUGUAUCGAAUCCUAUAACUUUAAAAACAUGAAGCUAUAUUUCUUGUUCAGUUGGGUUUGCUAAUAAAUCUACGACAAUAACUCCAUAUAUAAAUACGAUACCUGGGACAGCAGUUACAGUUGCAAAUUACGUAUUUAGGCUUCCAGAUGAUGGACAGUUGUAUAUAGGCAAAGGUUCUCCACAAUUUAAUGGCUUUAUAAGCUAUUUUCAACUAUGAGGAGAAACCAUUACAGACUUUUCUACACCCUAUAAUCUUUAUGGCUUUACAGGUGGAGUGGUAUCAACCUUAUGGCCAUGUGAGUAUUCUUAUUAUUAUGAUGGAAGCAAUUGCCAACCAUGCUUAGCCUCAGGAUCUUGCACAAAGGGCUGUAUUAGAGGUACAUCUUGCUACAUUUGUGACGAUUUUUUAUGCGCCCAGUGCUCAUCUUUUUUACCAAACAGCUGCACGCUAUGUAUUCCUAAUGCUUCUGGAUCUCCUUGCCAAUGCAAUUCUGGGUUUUAUCAGCCUACAAAUCAAGCUCUUUGUUCUCCUUGCCAUACAAAAUGUGCUUCUUGUGUAGGUCCUUUAGAUACUUUAUGCACUUCAUGCAAUUCUGGCUAUUUUUUAUAUAUUAAUAAGGUAUGUCUAAUAAACUGUCCAACAGGAUUUAUAGAGGAUUCCUCAACAAAAACUUGCACUUUUUCAUCAAGAAUUGGGCUAAGUUUAUCCCUUUAUGACCAAAUAAAGCUUGAUUCAGUAUCAGGGGUGCAAGUUGGGUCUACCAAUAAUGUUUAUCCAACUUAUGAAACAGGCGAUCCAUACCCUCAGUAUCUCCAAGGGUAUUAUUUUAAAUCAUCAAGCUAUAUGCUAACAAAUACUGUGAUAUCUCCAUAUUUUGCUAUAUCUAUAUGAGUAUUUCCAGUAUCUUCAGGCCCAAUUGUAACUAAAAUAAUUUCUGGGGUACAAAUUUUUUGUCUAGAACUCAAUGGCGGAUUUCCCAAGCUUAUACUUUCUCUCAGUGAUUCUUCGUCACUUUCUGUUUUAUCAUCUCAGAAUACCCUGACAAGCAGCUGGAGUUUUGUUUCAUUUGCAGGAAAUAUUGACUCAAGCAGCAACUCAGUGACCAUAAAUUCAUAUUUUAACUCAAUAUCUACAGGGUCAAGUACAUCUUCAACACAAACUUAUUUUCAGGACCAAAACACUGGUACUCUUUACAUCGGAAAUGCAGGCACAAGCAGUUUUGAAGGUUUUUUAUACAAUUUAAAAAUUUUUAAUUCAGCAAGUUAUUAUAUCAACGACUAUAAAACCUCAAGCUGCACUUCUCCAUGCACUCAGUGUCCUAGUGACUAUAACUGUCCUAAAACUUGCCCAUUUUUUGAGUUUUAUAAUGGAUCAGUUUGUGAAAGUUGUGCAGGAUCGUGCACGAAUGGAUGUAGAUAUAGCAGUUCUAGCGGAACAUGCACCCUUUGUAAGACUCUACAAUGUAAAACAUGUGAUUCAUUUUCUGGGUCUUGCUCAAGCUGCAUCACAAAUGCAGAGAAUGAUGGAUCAGGAGGAUGCAAAUGUAAGGCAAACACGUUUUGGAAGCCAGGUAAUUGUGAAGUGUGUGAUAUUCUUUGUUCUGUCUGCAAACAAACCAGCUAUUUUGAAUGUAGCAGCUGUGCAACGGGAAGCCAGAUGGUAAAUGAUAUAUGCUUAAAUGACUGCCCUUAUGGAUAUGGAGCUUCUUGCACAGUAGUCUCAACUCCAGUUAUUGAUUUAUUAUUUGAUAUAACUGAUUGAAUUGUAUAGGUUUUCAGUAAUUAAAACAUCGUAUUGUCUUAUAUGAAUAUUUUUACUGAAAUAAUUAAAUCAUUGGGAAUACUGAUUUUUCAUAAUUAAUAUGUGCUCGAAGAAAGUGGUGGAGCAGACCCCGAAGCGCUGAGGUGCCAUAUUUAAUUAUAUCCGGCAAGGUUUUACUAACCCUGAAAUGGGCAGCAUUACUAGGUAAGCAACUCUGUUACUGAUUAAAGGCUAAUCCUCAGUCUAAAUUCGUGAUUGGAUUUUACAUCGAGGGAAAGGAGAGCUCAGGCUUAGAAAGGGCAAGCCAGCAAGGUCUACAGGGAAAAUUUAGACCAAUUGGGCCACUGCCUAGUGUGAAAGGAGCUACCUCCAGAAUCUGGAUUUUACUUUUUGCCGAAAGGACUCCAUUUUUUGGGAUUUAAUUGGCUAACCUUCGUGACUCAUGCAGCAGCCGCAGAAGUCCAUAGCCAAUCCAUUCAGUACUCGCCCUAAAGGGGGAGGAGUAGAUGUCUUUGGGGAAUCUGACUUUUGAUUUUCAUGCCAGUAUGGUCUCAAGAAGAUGAAGGGAAGUGUCCGAGCUGCUCUGGAGAGCGAACCAAUUUUCCUGAGUCUAGCAAAGUAGAACCGGGACGGUGAGCCCGACAGAGUCCAUAGUGACUGCGUAGCCAAUACGGCAGACGCCCACUAAUCCUAAUGUUAAUGCUAAUAGUAAUACUGAUUUUCAAGGCUCUUAUGGCAUUUUUACUUCUGGGACUUCUUCAAGCACUUAUCAGCCUUUUGUAACCCCUGAAGCAGUUGAUCCUAUACCUGCAUAUAAAAGAGGUCUUUAUUUUUAUGGGAACAUGCAUUUGCAGUCUUCAUUGCCUGUUCCACUUUCUCACACCUUUUCUAUGGCGACAUGAGUUUGGGAUAUAAGUGAUGACUUUAUUAUAAGUAAAGAUCGGCUACAAAUAUCAUCACCUGGAUCUAUGAUAGUAAAACUGGAAGACAAUAUGCAAGGCUAAAUUAAGAUUGAAAAGAACUAAUUACUUUUUUACCUCCCUUUAAGAUGAAUCAAUUGAUAAAUCCUAUUUUUCAGUAAAUAAACCAUAAGAUGGCAAGCUCAGAAAUCUCCAUAUUACUUAUGUGUAAAUAUGCAAGUAGAAUCAGAAAUUUCAUUAACACAAAGUAACCAGCUGGGAGGUUGAAAUUUUAUAUCAAUCGUAGUAGCUUAUGCAUCAAGUACAACUAUUUUCGAAAUUUAUGUCAAUGGAGUUUUAAAAAACUCAUUAAGUAAUCCUAAUUUGAUUUUUCGAGACCAAUCAUCAACUAAUUUGAAAUUAGGAAGAGUCGGCAGCUUUGGAUUUGUUGGGUUUUUAUAUUCUUUUCAGCUGUGAAAUGUAAGAAUUAGUAAUUUUGCAAGUAUCCUUAAUGGCUUUUCAUUUUGUGGGGUUGGAUUAACAUCUUCUUGCUUAUCAGCUUGCUCAUUCUAUUCAUAUCAAGAUGGUGCUUCUUGCCCAUCUUGCAACUCAUGCACUAAAGGAUGCGUUAGAGGAAAUUCCUGCAAUAUUUGUUAUGAUAUAUUAUGCUUAGUUUGUACAGGGUUUGGAGCCGGAAAAUGCACUCAAUGCAUUUCUAGUGCUCAUUUGGUUUCUGGCUCAUGCUUUUGCAAUCCUGGCUAUGGGAUUUCUAUAGAUGGACUCUCGUGUGCGUUAUGUCCAAGCGGGUGUUCUCUAUGUACUAUUUCGAUUUAUAAUAAAUGCACUGCGUGCAUUUCAGGGUUUUUCUUGUUUGCCUCAACUGGACAAUGCUUAAGUGAGUGUCCAUCGGGGUAUAUUAAAAAUUCAAUCACAAAUGCAUGUGAUUAUGCAUCAAAUAUAGGAAUAAGCCUGGAUUUAACAGGCCAGAUUCGUCUUGAUACGGUUUCUGGGUUUAAUGUAGGUAUUAAUAAUGCUUAUACUUAUCCAAAUUUUGAUGCUAAUGAUCCAAUUCCAGCUUAUAAAAGAGGCUACUAUUUUAAAUUCAGCAAAUAUUUAUCAUCGACUGUAAUGAUAGCGCCAUCAUUUACAGUUUCUAUAUGAACUAAACCACUUUCAGAUGGAAUAUUAGUAACAAAGUACAUAUCUAGCGAUAUUUUUAAGAUAACUGUAGACCCAUCUGGGUUUCCAGUACUCUCAGUAAUAUUUUCUGAUUCAACUUCUACAACUUUAACAGCUUCUACAAGUAUUUUAAACAGUUGGCAUUUCUUAAGCUUUACAGGCCAAGUCCAGUCUGAUGGAAAAACCAUUAUUAAUCUCUACAUCAAUGCAGUAUCUACUAGCUCUAUUACAACUGCUUCUUUGACCUACUUUAAAGAUACUACUUUAGGAUACCUUUAUAUAGGAAACGAUGAAACUUUUGGAACUUCAGGGCUUCACGGUUUUUUAGCACGAUUAAUAAUAUAUAAUUCGUAUAGCAAUCAAGCUGAUGAUUAUGCUACUUCUUCAUGCGUUUCUGGCUGCUCUACUUGUCCAUCAAAUCAUUUGUGCUUAAGUGAAUGCGAUUUCGAUAAAUACCCUGAUAGCUGCAUAACUUGCACUGGCUGCAUCCAAGGAUGUGUUAAUGACUUAUCAUGCAAUCUCUGUAGAGAUAAAGAAUGCGAAUCAUGCACUACUUUUUCAGGAGAAUGCACAAGCUGUAUUACAAAUGCUUAUAAAUCAGCUGGUCAUUGUGUGUGUCUUGCAAAUGCAUUAUGAGUUCCCAACUUCCAAAGCUGCGAGCUGUGCCAUUCAAUUUGUGCAUCUUGCUCUACACUAAAAUUUAAUGGCUGCCUUACUUGUAUAUCAGGGUACUAUCUGGUUCAAUCUUUGUGUAUGUCAUUUUGCCCUACUGGAUAUACUGUAAAUGGUAGUAAUUGUAAUGCUAAUCCUGCUUAUACCAAUUUUUUUGUAUUCAAUUUGAUGCCGCAUCAAAUAAAAGAUGUCGUUACCGAUUUAAAGUCAAAUAUACCAGUACUUACAGGCAAAGAUAAUAGCUUUUAUCCUAAUUACGAUGCAACUGAUCCUAUAGCAACUAUUAAUAGAGGUUAUUAUUUUACUGGCUCAUCUUAUAUGCAGCUGCCUCCUUAUGCAGGUACUACGACACCACUACUAACUUUUGCACCAAAAUUUACUAUAGCAGUUUGAAUAAAACCAAUAGUAGGCACUGGGGUUAUUUUUUCUAAGCAAGCUAACAGCGGAUUAUUUAAAAAAUCGAUCAGCCUUGAACUAACAAACAAAUAUCCAUCUCUUACAUUGACUCUAAAAGACUCAUCCACAAUUACUUAUACAAGCUCUAAUCCCUUAUUAGAGGCUACCCUUUCUCAAUGAAAUUUUAUAUCAGCAAUUUCCGGCAUAAGUUCUACCCCUCAGCAAAUUGUAACUUUAUCUCUAAAUGGAGCAAGCGAUCUUUCAAGCGAUUUAGCACCAAGCUGAUUGAAUGAUUUAGAAAAUUCGUUUUUAAUAGCAAUUGGGGCAUGCUAUUCAAGCCCUACAUCUUUAGUGUCAUCUUUUAAUGGAUUUUUAUGGGAUCUAAAAAUCUAUAAUACACCAAUAGCAGUCAGUAGUUUAGUUUCAAGUCCUUGCAAUUCAUGCUCCCUCUGCCCUAUUGAUAAUAGCAAUGCUUGUAUUGAUAAUUGUGGUUUAGACAAAUACUUAGAUGGCAGCAUCUGUGUAGCUUGUUUGUUUGGCUGCUCUAAUAAUGGCUGCGUAAGAAGUGAUAAAAGCUGCAAUUUAUGUAAAGACGUUAUCUGCAAAGUAUGUGACGACUAUACAAAUACAUGCAUUACUUGCAAAACAAACGCAAAUUUAGUAGGCACCAGCUGCCAAUGCAAUUCUGGGUAUUAUUGAAAUACUAUUAAUGAAGUCUGCGAAUUAUGUGAUAUUUCUUGCGAAACCUGCAUAUCUUCUAGCUCUUUGGGCUGCUUAUCUUGUGCAGAUGGAUAUUUUAGUUCUUUAGGAGUUUGCAAAGCUGUCUGUCCUGCAGGAUAUUAUUCUUCUCCAAAUGGAUGUAUGCUAGCCAAAGAAAAAUUUUUUGACUUAGACCUUAAUACUCUGAAUGGAGUCAUUUAUGAUAAAGCAAACUCAAUCCCAGUCAUAACUGGGUCAUCUGAACAAUUUUAUCCAGAUUAUGAAGCUGAUGAUCCUAUCCCUGCUUAUUUAAGAGGGUUUUAUUUUAAUGGGCAAUCUUCAGUUUUAAGGCUGCCUGAGUAUUCGACCUAUACAUCUCCAAAUCUUCUAAUUGGGACUGCCUUCACAAUUUCUAUAUGAAUUAAUACAGAAAUUUCUUCCUCUGCUCUGUUAUCGAAACAUGAUAUUACUAACAAUUUUUCAGUGCUUUACUCAAUCCUGUUAAUAGGCAGUAAGCCAGCAAUUUCAUUGAUUAUAAGUUCAUCUCCUUUCAUAUACCAGUCUCAAGCCUUGCUUAGAUUAGAUUAGAUAUAGUGGGUGUUUAUUGUCCUUACUUCGCAUUGGCAGAUUUUGUGAGGUGCUAGUAGCCUGGCGGCAUAGGUUUCACCCUGGUAACUUCAAACCCAGACCGAAACUCAUGGUUCUUAGUAAUGAUAUUGCCCUAUUGGGUCAAAGGCCUUCGCUGGGCACUAUCUGGGGCAAAUUAUGACCACUUGAGUUGGUGAUUUACCCUAAUCCAUUUCGGGCGCUGCUGGCUCGAGUACUAAUGACAAAAGAAGUUAUGAGUAACUGCCCAUUGGAUCAGAAAAUAAGCCGGUGGAUUUAUGCUUAAGUCCUUCGCUGCAUGACACCAGAUAUUUCUGGCCAACUCCUGACUCUAAAACCAUGCCCGGAUAUGCAUGGCCAUCAUCACAAUAGAGGACAGGCUAGACGACAUCGCCAUUUUAUGCAUAUGCCAAACCUUGCUUAAUAAUUAUGAAUGAAGUCAUAUUGUAUUUACACUAGAACCAAAUAGCGGCUAUAAUAUAAUGUCAAGCUAUAUAAAUGGCCUAUCUGAUUCCUCUGCAACUUCAGGGUAUGGAGCUUUUUUUGAUACAGUUUCUGAUACUACAAUUACUAUAGGAGCCCAACUUAGCUCACAAGGACUUUAUAAUUAUUAUCAAGGCUUUAUUUAUAGUAUUCAGAUGUUUAGCAUAAUAAAACCAAUAUCAAGCCUGUCGACUAAAUUGUGUAAUGAAAACUGCAAUGUUUGUCCAACAAACCAAAUCUGCAUCCCAAACUGCAAAAUAAAUGAAUAUUGGAGCGGGCCUGCUGAUAAUAAGUGCAAUAAUUGCAAUAUAAAAUGCGAAAAGUCUUGCAGGGACUGACGAGACACCUGCUCACUCUGCAGUAAUUUAUUAUGUGAAGACUGUAUUGGAUAUUCAUCAGCAGAAUGCGUGACUUGCAAAGAAAAUGCUAUAAACCCUGACUCAUGCAUCUGCGAUGAUAAUCAUGCGCUAGGAACUCCAAAUAAUACCACUUGCAUUCCUAUAGCACAAGGCGGAUUUAGAGGUCCUGAUGGAGUCUUUUAUCCCUGUCCAAGUCUCUGCACUCUUUGUGAAUCUGCUACAAAAUGUACAGCUUGUGUAGAAAACGCUAGCCUCAAAGCCGAUCUCUGCUAUUGCAAUCUAGGCUACAAUGGUAUCAAAGCUUGUACAUUGGUUCCUUUUUCAGCAAAACUUACAGUUUUCUUUGAUAAUUCCCUCUUGCUUACCUUUUCAGAAAGCCUAGCAAAAGAUCUUAGAGUCUAUGAUUUUAUAGUACUAAUUGAAAAACAAGGAGAAAUUACAUGUAAAAUUGAGCAAGUAAAUAGCACCUUUUAUUAUAUAUCUUUAAACAUAAAAGAGAAAAUUUCUAAAGGCACAUUAGCUAAAUUGACGUUUUUAGAUCUAAAAGAAGUAAAAUCAGUGUCUAAUGGCAUCUUAAAUUCAUCAGAUUUUACUGUAAUUUUGAAUUCUUAUAAUCCUGAUCCAUAUUCCUCAGAUGUUGCAGCAACUACAUCACAAGCAACAGCAGUAGCGCAAACUACAGUUGCUGCAGCUCUUGCGUCAUCAUUUAUAAGCCCAAAUCCAAGCUCUUUAUGAAGCAUUAUGAAUACAUUGCAAAUUCUUACUCCCCUGAACGGGCAUCAAUAUUUUAAAAAUCCCUAUUUUUGGGCAAAAUACCUAACCUUGAGUUAGCAAAAAAUUAUUUUAACUCCACCCCCCCUUCCGUGAGUGAACAAAAAAAAUUUUGUUCACUCACGGAGGGGGGUUAAUUUUUUUUUUAAAAAAAUUUAUAUAUAAAUUUUUAUAAAAAAUAUUUUUUUUCGAAAUUUAAAAAAAUCCUAAUUCGCAAAAAUUGGAAAGCAAAUAUAUAAUUCAAUUUGCAAAAUUUAUGUUUUAAAAAGCAAUUUGUUCAAAAUUAAACAGGAUUAGCUCUAGAUUUCAUUAUACUAAUUAUCAUUUAUAUAUUAAUUUUUUUUCCAUAAAAAAUUUUUCUAUUAAAAACAUUUUUGUUCACUCACGGAGGGUGGGGUUUUUUGGCAAAAAAUAGGGAUUUUUCUAAUGGUUUUGUUCACUCACGGAGGGGGGGAGUAAGUAAAAAUACUUUGAUAUAUAAGUGAUAGAUAAUUCUGUUUAUCUCAAUUUUAAAACAUAAUUUUAUAGGUUAAAUUAAUAUUAGCUUUUAAGUUAUUUCGAUUGGGCUUCGAAAAAACAAUUUUAUAUAUAAGAAAUAAAUCCCUCUAUAAGCGAACGUCGCUUGCCAACUGGAGGUUAGCUACUUGACUUUAUCUGGAAUUCCUUUUUCUAGCCAACUAAGAGCGUUUUUGAAUAAUCUGAACAGUUUUAACUUAUUUCCAAAUAUGUUUUCUUAUUUAAUAGAUGAACAAGAAGGAAAUACUCCAUAUUCUCAAGCUCAGGAUUUUGGAUUUGAGACAGAUCUAAUUUUGAUAAAUCAAGGAAAUGAUUUUACAUUGAUAUUGACUUCUAUUGUAGCUCUACCAUUAGUUUUUUAUUUUUCGAAAUGUUCUCAUAGAUGGGUUGGUAAUAAGCUUACUCAUUACUUAUUUUUUUUAAAUUAUUUUAUUUAUUUUUUUCGAACCUUUGAACUUAUCAUAAUUAAAGGUAUUAAAUAUUUGUUUCCUUAUAAGGAGUCAGAAAAACAUUAAGGUCAUAUCAAUUUGCAUUUUAUUUGAGAUUUUGGAUUCAAUGCUAUCUUGAAUUAGGAGCUGCAGUUUGUAUAGGAAUUAUCGAAUUAAAGUUUACUAACGCAACACAAAUAAUCAAUUUUAUUAUCUGUGCAUCAGUCGGCAUAUUACUCAUUAUUACUCCAGGAUUAUUUUUUGCAUUUUCCUAUAAAAAUAAAAAAAGGAUCUUAUUACAUCAAAAAACAUUUUUUGCCUCUUUUGGCUCAUUAUUUUAUGAGUUUAGAACUGACCGAGAAUUUCUAACGACCCAAUAUUAUUUUGUGUUUUUUGUAAGGAGGCUUAUUUAUAUAGCAAACUUAGUCUAUUUAAGAAAUUACCCAGAAACAGAAGUAACUAUUAAUAUUGUGCUUUCCUUAAUGACUAUCAUGCACCUAUUAAUUUAUUGUCCUUUUAAAGACCAAAUAUCGCAAUUAAGCAACUUAGUUUCUGAAAUACUCAUAUGUAUAAUAAUGGGCUCCACAGUUGCUUAUUUAUUUAAUCUCGAGUCAAAUGCGAUGUCUAAAAUUGAAAAUUGCAUUGUGAUUAUUAUUGUCAUAAUAAUAGGGGUUCAGUUACUUGCUUCUAUAACUAUUUUUGUUAGGACUGUAUAGCCUAGGAUAGAUUUUGAGUUAUCUUAGACUUUAACACUAUGAGCAACUUCCUAAGUUUGAUUUUCUAGACAAGUUGAAGAGUUGAAAAUGCGAUGCCUAAUAUCAAUUUUCUGAGCAAGUUUAGUGAUCAAACUCAUGGAAUGGCCGGUUUCUUCAUAUAAUAGCGGUCUAAAAUUGCUCAUGGGCUAUAUAUGAGUUUUUUAGAGCUAAGUUCAGCACUGGAAAUAUUGAAAAAGCAAAAAUACUUCCAACUCACAGCCAAGUUGAUCAAAAAAUUAUUUUAUAA